AUGGGAUGUUCAUUGUAUCAAACCUUCUUUAUUAUAUUAGUUUUAAUCACUUUUUGUUUAUCUAUAUUAACUACAUUUACAUUUAUAUUUGAUAAUAUACCUAAUGAAUAUGAUCGUUUUUCAGCAAGAAAUUUACUCAAUGGUUAUCACAACACAAUAACAUGUUCAAGCAAUCCAUUUAAAAAUAAAUAUACUUUUUCAUAUUCUCUUGGUACAGAGUAUCAAUAUAGUUGUCCAAUGAGUUUAUCAAUAAUUAUUAAAUUAAGUAUUAGUUGUUUAUUAUGUAUGGUAGUGAGUGGGUUGAUUAUUUAUUGUGUUAUUAUAAAGAAGAUAUCCUCAAUGUGUAUUAUUGUAAUGCUUUGUUGUAUUCUCAAUACAAUGUAUUCACUAUAUUGUGAAUUCUUUUUUAUUCAUGAAGAAAUUGAAGGAAGACAUUUCUGUGAAACAUUAAGAACAACUCAAUGGCAAUCUCCUGUUUCUAGUUUUAAAUGCCAUUCAUACCGUUAUACAGUUUUUUCAAUACUUCACACUACAACAAUUGUAUCAUUAAUGAUAUGUAGUAUUUCGUCAAGUUUUUAUAUUAAGGAUUACAAAGAACAACAAUAUUUAAACAAAAAAUUAGAAAAAAAAGAAAAAGAAAAAGAACAUAAAUUUACUGAAAAUGAAACAUAUCAAAGUGAUGCAUUAGUUAAUUUCGAAGAAUUAACAAAUCAUAAACAUAAUAUAAAACCUGGAGAAGUUGAUUUUUCACAACUAACUUAUAAUUAA